GUUAUGACAAGGCGUUGCAAAGAAAAGUUAAACACCUUAGCCAUCUCCGUAAUGAACCAAUGGCCUGGCAUUCGUCUACGUGUCACAGAAAGUUGGGUCGAGGAACAGCUACCCUAUACCAACUCCCUGCAUUAUGAGGGUCGAGCUGUGGAUAUUACCACCUCCGAUCGGGAUCGCAGCAAAUAUGGUAUGCUGGCCCGUUUGGCAGUGGAGGCAGGAUUCGAUUGGGUCUACUAUGAGACCAGAGCCCACAUUCAUUGCUCUGUCAAAUCUGAUUCCUCUCACACGCCCCAUGACAGUGGUUGUUUUACCAAAGACAGUACCGUGCUAACAUCAAACGGCGAACGUAAGGCUAUGACCGAUUUACGCAUUGGUGAUCGUGUACUGAGCAUCAACGAGCAAGGUGAAGCGAUAUAUAGUGAAAUUAUACUCUUCAUGGAUCGUAAUAUGGAUGAGGCCCAAGAAUUUGUGCAAAUGACCACAGAGGGAGGAGCCACUCUCACUGUGACCCCGGCUCAUUUGAUAAUGAUCUGGAAUCGUGAAAAAUCGGUGACAGAAUACGUUUUUGCUGAUCGGGUACAGGAAGGAGAUCAAGUAUUUGUCCAUGACUCAACUGGUGAACUGAGGCCACAACGUGUUGUCGAUUUGAGAGCAGUAUUGAAACAUGGCUUUGUUGCUCCCCUAACCAAGGAGGGUACAAUUGUUGUGAACUCCGUGGCAGCCUCAUGUUAUGCUGUCGUCAAUAGCCAAUCCUUGGCCCAUUGGACUUAUGCCCCUGUAAGAAUAUGGUCAAUGUUGAAAUCGUAUUUACCCUCCAGCUCCUCCUCCAACACCGCCACCACAGCACAAAUGCAAAAUGGUGUACAUUGGUAUGGCAAGACAUUGUAUGGCAUUAAAAAUUAUCUUGUGCCCAAGUCAUGGAGGCAUUGA